ACAGAUGAAAUUGGGAGUUACAUCUGAACAACUCAGUGACUGUUCUUGGAUGGCCCAGAACAGGAGAGGAUCUGAAAAAAGAAUCACUAGAAGAUGCCCAAAUCCAGCCAACAUGGCCGCUAAGUCUGAUGGAGCAGCGGUGGCCGUGGAAGAUGACAAGCCGCCCAGGAGCCUCUCGGAGCCCAGCCAAGCCGCCACCAACGCCGCCGCCGCCACCUCUCCCACUGCCGCCGCUGUUUGCGCCGUGUCCCGGCGCGGCCCCCCGGGCGGACAGGCGUACACGCUGCUGGACUGCUGCUGGGUACUGUGCGCCCUUCUCGUCUUCUUCUCCGACGGCGCCACCGACCUGUGGCUGGCCGCCGACUACUACCUGCGAGACGACUACUGGUGGUUCGGCCUGACUCUCGUCUUCGUCGUGGUGCCGUCCGCCGUCGUGCAGGUCCUCAGUUUCUGGUGGUUCGCGUACGACUACUCGGAGCUGAGCGGCGCUCACGGCUCGGCUGCAGCGGCGGGCGAAGGGACCGGCGACUCGGCUUUCGGAACCAAGGAGAGCGACCAGCACGGGGCGGGCGCGGCAGCGGAAGUGGCGGGGAACGCGGCGAACGCCACCGCCAUCCCCGCGUCCUCGUCUGCGGCGACCGAGAGAGGCGGGCGACCUCGGCGGCGUUGCGCGGUGUGCGUGUGGGUCUUUCAAACGGUGCUCCAUGCCUUACAACUGGGACAAGUGUGGAGGUACAUCCACGCCCUCUACCUGGGUGCCCAGAGCCGUUGGCACGGUGACGGUUCCCACCACCGCUUCCACUGGCGACUGAUGUUCGAGAGCGCUGACAUUACUAUGCUCCGCCUCCUGGAGGCCUUCCUCAAGUCAGCACCGCAGCUUGUUUUGCAGCUGAGCAUCAUGAUCCAUGGAAACACUGUCCAUCCACUGCAAGGUCUGUCAGCCUCAGCAUCCCUGGUGUCGUUGGCCUGGAUGAUUGCGUCCUACCAAAAGGUUCUGAGGGACUCCCGUGAUGACAAGCUCCCUAUGUCCUACAAGGCUGUCAUCGCCCAGAUCCUCUGGCACCUUUUCACCAUCGGGGCCAGGACUGUGGCCUUUGCCCUCUUUGCCUCCGUCUUCCAGCUCUAUUUCGGAAUAUUCAUCGUCACUCACUGGUGUAUAAUGACAUUCUGGAUCAUCCAGGGUGAGACCGACUUCUGCAUGUCCAAGUGGGAGGAAAUCAUCUACAACAUGGUGGUGGGUAUCAUCUACAUCUUCUGCUGGUUCAACGUCAAGGAGGGGCCGAGCCGCGUCCGCAUGACCGUGUACUACACUGUGACGUUGGCUGAGAACGUGGCGCUGACCGCCGCCUGGUACACGUACCGUGGCCCUCACACCUCUGACUCCUACGCCCUGGUGGUGGUGUGCCUGGUGGCCUGCAGCUUCGCUUUGGGGACUUUCUUCAUGUUAGUCUACUAUUGCUGGCUUCAUCCUGAUGGGCCGGUCCUGGGCACAAAUUGGGGGGGCUGUGUGGAUGAGGGGAUAGUGAGUGCAAGUGGCUCACAAACGGACAUGGUCAUCACCAGUCCUCCCAGGACUCUCCCCAGGACUAAAGACAUGGGGGACAUGGUUCCUGGGGAUCAGGAUAGAGACAGGGAAAGGGAUCGGGACAGUUGCCUGCCGGUUUUUCAGGUGCGUCCGUCCCCUUCAUACUCCCCAGCACUCCUCCACAGGACCUCCUCCUCCCAAGAGGGCCCUGUGAUCAGGAUCGACCUCCCAAGGAAGCGGUAUCCAGCCUGGGAUACCCACUUCAUUGACCGCCGCCUCCGCAAGGCCAUCUUACUUCUGGAGACUACAUCAGCAGUCAGCCCCCGGAUACAGUACAGAAGUAGCAUGAUGGGCAGCAAAGAGGUGCUCGAGUACGAGACUACCGUGUAA